CUCGACUUCAAAGCGUCGACGUCGUCGGCUCAUUCGCGAUUCAACCUUUGCGCGACGCUGACGCGCAACACCAGAGCAGAAGCAGCGAAAUAAAUCACGAAAAAUAUUCAUAUACUCGUAAGUAAAUGUUUUGCGCCUCCCUCUUGGGGAAUUUGUAUAUCGCAGCGACUGAUAAGCAAAGCGAAAAGCAAAAAACAAAAACCGGCAGAGCCUACUCAGGUAAAAGCCAUGGCAAGACAAAGCAAAACAAUGGCAAUAACGGUCGAGUAAUUAACAAAAAUGCGCGCAGAGCGACAACUGAAUGAAAAAAAGAAAUAAAAGAAAAAAUUUAAGAAAAAAAUAAAAUAAAAAUAGCAAACUGAACUGAAAAUUGUGUGUGCGAGAAUUUCAUUGAGUAGUGAACUUGGAGGUGUGAAGAGGCGCCUCCGGCUGGUUCCCAGGCAGCCAACUUGUAUAUGCAACAUCUACUUGCAAUCUCUCACUGUACACGAGAGUGUGUGUGUGUGUGUGUGUAAAUCACUCAGCUGUGUGUGCGUGCGGAAAUGGCUUAGAGCGGCAAUUGUUGGCGCAAAAAUGUUGUGAUUAAAAGUGAACGUUACGUUUGUGUGUCAAGACGGGGUCAAAGUGAAACGAAAGCGCAAAAUUCAGCAAAUAUCAAAAAAAGAGCAACAACAACAACAAUGACAGCCAACGCAACAUCACCAGCAGCAACAGUUGCCGCAACGGAAGCAACAGCUGCAACAGCAGCAACCACAACAACAACCACAACAUCACCAGCAACAAGUAGCAACAACAGCAGCGCUGAAAAUAGUCCUGCUCAUCAGCUGAACAGCAGCGUCGACAGCGGCAUCGCUGUCCUCGAUGUGGACACUCAGUCCUUGAAGCGGCGACAGCGACUGCAGCAGUGCCAACGCAUCCUCCAGCUGCUGCAGCGGGAUCAGCCCACAUAUCAACAGCUUCGCGAUAGAUUAAGUAAAAUAGUCGAUAAGAAGCCGAAGAAAGCGGAAGCCGUCGAAGAGCUGCAAAGCUGCAAUGUCUGCUGUGCAGAACUGGAUACAAGCAGUGCCAAAAACUACGUCACAUGUUGCACGUGUGGCAAAUUCGUGUGCCGUGGCAUCAAGUGCGCCGAUUGGCGGCCAAAGGAUGCCCAAUGGGAGUGCGAGCUGUGCCACAGCUCGAAGCAAUCGUUGGCCCACACCUCCUCGUGGGUCGCCGAGCAAAUGUGCUUCAACCAACAGAAGUUCGUAUAUCCCCUACGUGCACGCAGCGAAGUUUAUAUACCCAUCACAGACAGCUCAAUGCAGUUUGAAAGCGUCAGUCAAAUUGGAGCGAAUAGUGUGAAUAUCAAUGGCGAUGAACGCAACAGAAUUCGUGAAUAUGUUGAGGAAAUUGUUGCCGAAAUGCUGGGCGGCAAUCUCGAUCACAUCAAAGUCAGCCAAUUGUCCAAAAGCGAAAACUACAUGCAGCUGUUUGAUAGAUACCAUGCGAAACUGAGCAACCUGCUUAUCAAUAUGGAGAACGCUUUGUGCGCCCGUGCGCUCAAAGGAGACUUGCCCGCCAUUGUCAACGGCAACAACAACAGCAACAUCAGCAACAACAACAACAGCGGCAACAACAAUAAUGAGCUAUCGGACAUUUCACAGACGCGUCUCCGCAAUCUUAUUGAGACCAUCAUUGCAGAGACGCUGCGCAGCAGCAGCGCCGUUGGCGUCGGCGUCGGCAGCGUGCUAAGUCCCAGCGCAGCCGUCUCGGAGAUUAGUCUGGACACGAGAUCCAAUGGACAACUGUCGGUGCUCAGCAAUGGCAACAAGCGGCGUCAUCGCACCGAGCACUACUUUGAGCCAAAAAUCUAUCAGGAUCUUUUAGCCACAGCGGUGCUAAAUAAGAUUGUGGAUAAAGAGGGUAAUACCCGACUUAUAUCGGAGAGUACACCGGACUUGAGUGGUCACAACAUUGAUGAGAAUUACAAUGCCGAAGCGUUGAGCACUACGUCCGGUAGUUCCAUAGAGCCUCGCAGUGACUGCAGCCUAACCGACAAUGAACUGUUACUUAAUACGGGCAAAGUCGAUUUGAAAGUUGAUUUGGAACGCGAAUCGGUAUUGAGUGACUAUAUAGCCGCCCAUAUGGUGCCACUGCCUGAUUUCUCGGCAUCAGUUACCGAAUCGGAAGAUGAUAUCAUCUCAAUGUCAUCGAGUAUGGUUGGUGAUGCCACCUGGGAGGAUAAUUGGCUCUUUAGGAAGAAACGCAGCACCUUGCAAAGUUCGGCAACUCCGAGCAGCAUUGGCAUGCUGGUGCCGGCACCCAAAGAGAAUGUUCGCGCCCAGAUUGGCGAUAGAACCGCCGAUGAGGUUAGCGAUCUGUCCGAAAUCGGCUCAGAUGCAGAGGAAUCAUCUCUGGAUUUGCUACGAUGCAAUGAAUUAAAUGAUCGUCUGUUGAGCAAACAUCUGAUUGGUGGACAAAAUACAAAACUAGUUCUAGAUGAGCUGGUGGAUCGUACGAGCUUAACCUCGAAUACCUUGCCAGAAGAACAUGAACCGGCUUUAACCGAGACCACAAAUACGUUUGUCACACAACCCACAACAAUUGCAGUGCCAGAAGAACAAAUGGCUCCACCGCCACCCAUGAGUUUUCAAGAUGAUCGGGAAAACGAGGAUCCCGCCCAAACUCUUAUAGCAGAUCAAUUAAGCUCAAACUCAAACGACAGCAAUGAGAACUCGCCGUCCACCUCUCAUGAGACCUUUAACGGCGACGUUGACUCAGUUAACGAUUAUGAUAGUUACAGAACUGACAUUUUGGAUGAGGCACUAACACCAACACCAACAACAACUAACAACAUUAUACCAAAUACUAAAACAAAUACGAGUAACAACAACCACAACCACAACAACACUAACACAACACAAAGAAUACUAACAAAUGGUUCACUAAGAUGGUCUAAAAAGUCGGCCAUCGCAUUGAAUGAUGGCCAACAGAAUGGCGUUGAUAUUGAAGAUGAUUAUGAUGUGAAUAAUAAUGAAGAUGAUGUUGUACUGUUGCGGCGCUUUGCCCCAGGCUCCAUAGCGGAACGUGAGGUCAAGAAGUGGUAUAAUGCCGUUGAAAUGCCAAACAAUCCCUAUGCGCCCGAGGCACUGAAGCAACGCAUCAGCGGCACACAGGAAAGAUUCAUGGAUGUGCCCAACAUAAGUCCGACUGCCGAGCAAAAAGCCUUGGCUUUGAGGACAACAGAGAAUGUGGAGCCUGCCAGCCGUGUGGAGGACUAUAAGCGCUAUAGUCGCGAUUAUUACAUCAACAAUGCGCCCAACGAGGGCGCCAAGGGACAGUCGUUGGGCGCCAGCAUCAGCAGCUGCCACAUGGAGGCAACAUCCGCUCAGACCGAUGAGGAUAUUGUCAUCAAUGAGGCUUCAAUUGCCGAUGCGAACUGUGUUUAUACAGCAUUGCCCGUCCAGGUUGUGGAUGAGGGCAAUGCCAGCUUGGAGUCGCUAUCGAAUCCAUCGAUGCAAUCGCAACUCACGACCAGCGAUGACUCGGAUACGGUGCGUGUCUACGAUUUCAAUAAGCAGGAGACGAGAGUCAUCGAGCGAGAAUCAGUUACGGAUCAGCCCAGCACAUCGAGCACUUUAUCCAUGGAGUCUGCACUGGGAGCAGCCUUCUCCUCCUCCCCACCAGACUCCAUGGAUGCAUCACGCAAACGUGAGCGUCCCGUUGUGCUGCAGUUUGGACCAGCUGAUUCGGUGCCCACGGUGUGUUCAUCACCCACAACCACACCCACUCGAGGCUCCACGCCGCCUGCCUUUAGAUUCCUGCAACCGAAACGUCGUUUGAUUGAACCUAGCCAAGUUCUGUCCAUAGACGAGGAAGAAGUGCCUGAACCAAGCACACCGGUGGAUAAGCCGCCAAUUGAGGAUGAUGUGGUCCAUGCCCUGCCCUCGGUUAGGGCUCUGGCUCAAGCGUUUCUCCUGACCAGCAAACGCACUCAACCCGCGAGACGCUGGCGAGCAAAGCAUGUCAAGCUGGUGUCAGCACCCGAGACACCAGAGAAGCCAGAUACACCAGUAACUCCAGUGACACGCAAGCAUAUGUUGCAACAUGCCGUCUCCAUGGCUGAGGUGGCUGAUGAAUCCACAAUUGCCUCCGAUUUAUCAUCACUAGAAACAGAUCCAUCCAUGCAGUCGGAGAGCCUAUCCAAUACCAUUCCCAUUGCUGCACCGGCGAGUCCAGUGCCCGUCCGUCGUGGCUUCCUCAGGAGUAAUAUUGCUUUCUUUGAGAACUUAAAGUUUAAGUGAAUAUGCAACUGAGGUACCUAAAUGGGUGUGUGGUCAUUGGUUGCCUAUUCCUUGCCAGGAAUAUGCACAAUAAUGGUGCCCACCUUUUUACCUGGAUACCAAAUCGUCAACAGUUUACACCAAAUAAUCAUGUGCCAUUUCCAGACACACUUCAAAAGUCAUUCUAAAGUAUUCAGAAGAAAAAGUACUUAACAUACAA